AUGCAGUUCACCAACAUCCUUCUUCCUCUGCUGUUCGCUCUCUCUGGUGCCAAUGCCCAGCAAUCCUCAGAUGUCACCUCGGUUAUGACCUACUACACCACCUUCACCGUCAGCCGCGUUGUCGAGACCACCACUUGCACCUCGACCACUACUCCUUCUGCUGAGCCCACCGUCGAGUCCGCUGUCAUCGAGACUUCCAUCGUCUCUACCUCUGAGGCUCCCGUCCCCACCAGCUCGCCCUCGACUUCCUUCACCACUGAGCUCCUCACCCAGACUGUUCAGAUUGCCGCAGCCAGCUCUGCCGCCGCUUCCUCCAUGGUUACUGUCUACCCUAUUGCCGCUAGCGCCUCUGCCUCCAUGGCUCACGGCUCUACCAACGGCACCGGUGUUGCUGUCUCUUCUCCUACUUUGACUCCCUACACUGGCGCUGCCUCUGGCCUAACCGUCCAAUUCGGCGCUGCUGCUGUCAUUGCCGCCGUUGCUGGUGUAGCUCAAUUGCUUUAA